AUGGCACACAAACUCCUCUUCAAACCAACCUUCAUUCUCACUCUCACUAAACAAUUCACAACAAAACCUCUCAACUAUUCACACCUCCACUUUCUUCAUAAUCAUCACCAUUGUCCAUUUUUUCACUCCAAACUAUCCUCUUCCUUUCUCAACCUCAACACUCACCCAAUCUCACUUCGCUCCACAACAACAACAACCACCGCCACCUCCGCCGGUAUCCCCAAUUACGGCGGUUACCUAGACCUAACUGACGAUGACCUAAUGCGACAGUGCGAAAUGGGAACAUUCAAAAGCUCCGGUCCCGGUGGUCAACACCGUAACAAACGCGAAUCUGCUGUUCGACUCAAACAUUUACCCACUGGUAUCAUCGCUCAGGCCUCUGAAGAUCGCUCUCAGCAUAUGAACCGCGCUUCUGCUCUUAAACGCCUUCGCUCCCUUAUAGCUCUCAAAGUCAGGAAAACGGUGGAUCUUGAGGCUUAUGCACCCCCUCGAGAGCUUCUUCAGAUACUUCCUCCCAAGUCAUUAAUUAGAGGGUCAGAGAUUGGCUCACAAAUUGGACCCAAUAACCCAAAAUUUGCAAUGGGAAUGCAAGCUCUUCUUGAUCUCAUUUUUGCAGUUGACGGAUCCGUCUCAGAUGCUGCAAAAUAUCUCGGGUUAUCUACUGGAGCAGUGUCUCGGUUAAUCCUUUCUGAUGAUUCACUUAGAAAGGAAGUAAAUGACCUGCGAGCAUCAAAGGGUAUGAAGCCUCUCAAGUAG